UUUGUCCCACACCUUAAAAAACCAGAAAAGCUGAAACAUGUCUGCUUGAAGCUUUUUGUGCCACUUGUCUUCUCUCCUUUUCCAAAUUCCCCCUCUGCUUUUUUCCAGCUUCAAUGAACGCUGCAAGAUUUCGUCAUUCUUUCCAGCAAAAUACUAUCAGCUCAAACUAGUGAUGCUUUUUUUCUCUUUUGCGAGUUUUGGCUGAACCCCUUCAUACAUGGCAACUCAAGCACAUGACUUUCCUAAGAUUAAUGACCAAAGCACUUCUAGUAGACCUCAUAAUUUAAUUCAAAAGGGUGUAUUCGAAAUAACAGAGGAACUCCCUAGUAGACAUGCACAUGGGAGAAGGAAAAACCUUAUCUUGGAGAUACCCACAAGAACGCUGGAUGAAACAAGAGAGGAUUUUUUGAGAACAAACCAACCUUUAAUUCCAUCUCUUAGAAGCCAAACCAAUGAAUACCUAGGAUCCUCGUCAACAAAAAAUAAAUCAACUAAUAAAACCCAUAUUACCAAGCUCAGUUUUAAACUUCACAACAUGAGUUCAGAUGUAGAAGAGGCUUCCAUCCCAACACUUGAAGGUUCACCCCCAGAGCCACUGCAGAAGCCUGUGAUUUCAAGAACACUAUCAUCUAGUGGGAAGAAAAUAUCAUCCUUACCUGUAACCCCGAUUGCUCAGUCUGAACAUGGAGGGAACAUUGCCUAUCCAGCAUCACAUAAAAAAGGACAACAACUACCGAUGCAUCGUUCUCGUUCAGUUCCCGUGCUUUCAGAAGAUGGAAAAACAUAUGUAGGUGGCAUGUUUCGUAUAGUUCCUACCACACCACGGUUGGCUGUGAGUAAUGCUACAUCUAUGAAAUCUCCACCUGACGAUACUGUUGAAAAUGAAGAUGGAGAAGAUAUUCCUGAAGAUGAAGCCGUUUGCAGAAUUUGUUUGAUUGAAUUGGGAGAAGGUGGUGAUAGCCUUAAAAUGGAGUGUAGCUGCAAGGGUGAACUUGCACUGGCGCAUCAAGAGUGUGCAGUUAAAUGGUUUAGCAUUAAAGGCAACAGAACAUGUGAUGUGUGCAAGCAGGAAGUUCAGAACCUACCUGUCACUCUUUUAAGAGUUCUAAAUGGCCAAGCACUAAACUUGACAAGGAGCAGAAGUCAACAAUACAGGACUUGGCAAAAUGUUCCCAUUCUUGUGAUUAUCAACAUCCUAGCAUACUUUUGUUUUCUUGAGCAGCUACUAGUUUCAAGUAUGGGAUCUGGUGCUGUUGUCAUUUCUCUCCCUUUUUCUUGUAUACUUGGUCUACUUGCAAGCAUGACAUCCACAACAAUGGUAAGGAGAGAACAUGUUUGGGCUUAUGGAAUUGUCCAGUUUGUUAUGGUGGUUCUUGCCGGACGUCUUUCCUAUUCACUGCUUAAUAAGCAAGCUGUGCUAUCUAUCCUAGUUGCUACAUUUACUGGGUUUGGAGCUGUAAUGUGUGGAGCUUAUAUUCUUACUGAGUUUUUGAAGUGGAGAAGAAGAUGGCUUAGUCAGUUGAAUCAACAGCAUGGUUCCCAACAGAUGGUACUGCCUCAGACUGAUUCUCAACAUCAUGAAAAUAAUGUGAGAGACACAUGACGUAGGAUAAUACCACUUUCAUAUUAUUAGUAUUAGCGGUGUCUGGCUUUACAUAAAAAUAUUAUGUAUGGACUAGUUUACUUUAGAAAAAAAAGUCUCGCACAGAAAGUGUAAAUUUUUUACUAAAAUACACGAGAAUCCCAUUCCUUGAGAGUUGAGACUGCUUGAAACUGUGAAGUGAAAAGAUAAAGAAGGGUUGUUUUGCGCUGCAAUUUUAGGAUAACAAAAGGGAUAUUGUACUGCAAAGAUGAUUCAAGAAAUGAAUACAUGUUUCAAUUC